AUGGCUGGCAGUUUAGCCGAAGCCUUAGAUAGCAAGAGUGAUAUUGGAGCAAUAGCUAAAUCUAUUGCCCAAGUAGCAGUUGCGGUUGCGGUUUCAGCUGUUGCUCCCGGUCUUGCUCCGAUAGCUCAAACGGCAACAACAAUGAAACAAAGAGUACCAACUAACUUGAAUAGUCUAAGAUUGGAUGUAAUGCAAGCAAAGAAAGAUGAGUUUUUACCCCAACAUAUCCAAAAUGUUGUAAGGUCAGCAGGGACUAACAAAAAGUUAGCAGAACAAAGG